AUGAGCAUCAAAACUCAAUCACCCGCCCCCGCCCCCGCCCUUGCGUCUGCUCUUGCCUCUACGUCUGCAUCUGCGUCUGCGUCUGCGUCUGCUCCCGCCGCUCCGUCCUCGUCUUCGUCCCGGUUCUCCCUCUUCGGCUUUGGGAUCGGCACUCCCAAACAGGCGCGUCCCGCCUACGACCCGGCCCGGUCACAGCACCAACAACAACAACACCCACACCCACACCACCACCAACAGCAGCAGCGGGGGGACGCGGACGGCGACGACUGGUUCACACCCUACAACGGCCCAUACGAGCUCCCCGCACAACCUCCGAAGCAGAACCGCGACAGCUGGGGGAACCUCCUCGCCGCCGGCGACGCACGCUACAGCUCCCCCGUGUCCGACCGCAGCCUCGGCGCCAUGGGGAUCGCGCUCGCGAGCGCGGGCACGGGGGCAGGGCAGGGCGUGGGCAUGGGCGUGGGCAGUGACAGGUCCAGCCGCGCGCGCGCCGUGUCCGAGGCGACCAUGUCCUCCGGCGUCAUUGACCCUUUGCAACACCAGUACCAGCACCAGUACCAGCAGGCCCAGCAGCAGCAGCGACGCGGCGCGGCGGGCGCGACGUCCCCACGCGCGCCGCGCUUCCGCUCGCUCACGUCCUCGUCCUCGUCCCCGUCCGCGUCGCCAUCGCCCUAUCUCUCGGGCUUCAGCGCCGUCGGCGGCAUCGGCGCCGCGCGGCACGCAGCGACCGCAGCAUCGUUCGCGCCCCUCGAUGGCGUGCGGGGCGUUGGCGAGUCGCCCAUGCCGGCGCAGCGCGUCCUGGACUCGGGCUAUGGCAGCGCGUCGGCGAUGCAGCAGCAGCAGCAGGAGGCGGGGCCGUCGAAUAUAGCGGCCGCUGGCGCUAGCGUUGGGACCGGCGGGGGCACUGCGAACCGCAUGAGCCUCGCGGGGCUGUUCACCGCCGCGCGCCGCAGCAUCACGCCGUCCGGCGCGGGCGGCGAGCGCCCUGCGUCGCUCGUGUCGCGGCGGUCGCGCCGCGGGCGGGAUCGUGUGCCUGGCCAGGGGCAGGGCAUGGGGCAGGGGGAGGGCGGGGCAAGGCCGCGCGCGAGCACGGUCGCGUCGGAGGUGCAGCGCGACGAGGAGUAUUAUGAUUCGUAUUAUUCGACGCUGUUGCCGGACGUGCCGGGGGCGGGGGCGCGGCCGCGCGCAUAUACGGUGGACUCGGGCGAGGCGCGGGCGGGGUGUGGGCAUGCGGGCGCUGGCGGGAGCGAGGGCGCGGGUGCAGGUGUGGGCGUGGGCGCGGGAGCGGACGUGUAUGGCUCGGCGCAUCCGUAUGCGUAUCCGUUUCCUUCAAGUUCGACUUCUGCAUCUGCAUCCGCGAGCGCGUCCGCGUCUACCUCCGUCCCCGCGCCCAUCUCGGCCUCGACUUCCGCGUCCGUUUCGGCGCCGCCAGACCGCCGCGUUCCCAUCGCCACUGCCGCCCCCACCACCACCACCACCACCACCGCUACUGCCAUUUCCUCACAUCCGUUCUCCGCCUCGUCUUCCGCCCCCGCCGCAACCAACGCGAAAGGCAAGUCCCCUUCUGCUGUCGCUAUCGCUAUCGCCCCUGCGGCCGACGGCGGCAGCACGGCGGCGCGCCAGUACCGCUACCCGCGCCCGCCGCCCGUGCAUAUCCUCAAUCCUAACGGGACCGCGACCGCGGGGGCGUCUGCGCACCCACAUACACGCUUCCAGGAUGGGCUGCGUUCGGAUUCGCAGACGCAUUCGCAUAACGGCCAUGGAAACGGGUACGGGUACGGAAGCGGUUAUGGGAGCGGUUAUGGGAGCGGGAGCGGGAGCCGUGCGCACCCCGGGUCUGGGCCUGGCCCAGGGCCCCUCUCGAAGGCGCUGUCCACGCCGAACCUGCGCCCGCCGAAACACGCACAGCAGCAGCAGUCACAGCAGCAGUCACAGCGGGAGGGCGUGGGCACAGGCAAGGACGCGCACUCGCCGCCCGCGGCGUCCCCGUCUCCGCCGGCGACCGCCACGUCGCCCUCGCCUGUGUAUCGGCGUCACCACCAACAGCAGCAGCAGCAACAACAACAACAGCGCGGGCAAAGGCAGCGGUGGCUGAAGCCCGAGACGUGGUGCGAUGCGCUACUGUUCCCACGUCCGCGGUUUACGGUGCGGGAGCGCGCGGAGGGGGAGGACGUAGGAGUGGGGGUGGGUGUGGGUUACGAGAGCGCGCCGCCGACGACGGGUGGCAGUGGGCGGAUCGUGAGUCCGCCGGAGAGCCCGAUUGCUGCGUGGGAGCAGGGGUCGCAGCAGCCGCAGCAGUCCCAACAAGACCAGUCUCAGCAGCACCAGCAGCACCAGCAGAGGGAGAGCAAACUGUCGCGGCUCGGCUUCGGGCGCCGGCGGCUGCCCAAGUCGCGCUCCGCUGUGAACCUGUCGACGCCGCCGUCGUCGCUGUCGUGGGCCGCCGGUGGGGCGCCUGUGGUUGGUGCUGCGGGCGGGGCUGGGGCUGGGGCUGUGGCGGGGCCGUCGCGCGUGCAGGGGCGUGGGUGGGGCGGGGCAGGGGCGGGUAGCGGGCUGCUGUCGCCAGAGGACGCGAGAAGGGGGGAGGCGGGAGAGGGAAGGGGACGGCCGAGGAGCUUUGCGCAGGAUGAUUUGGCGCUGCCGUCGCCGGUGCCUUCGUUGGCGAAGUGA